GCCAUGAGGCUUCUGCUUCUCUACAUUUCUCUUGAGAUUUUGGGUCUCCGUAUGGCUACUCAGGUGAGGGCUGAGAGCUACAGUCUGAGAUACAAAUCAGAUGCAUUUGAUGAUCAGUAUAUCGGUUGCUCGGAGCAGAUGGAGAAACACAUGUUUUUGGUGCUGAAGAAGGAGAAAUUAAAUAGAGAAUUUGGCUUGGCUUGGGAAAAUGCAACAAAAAAAUGGGAUGAGAUUGAGCCAACGUUGGAGCUUCCUGAUGAUUUCCGGGAUGAGUAUGGAAUCGCUCUACUGGUGUUUACUAAUGAUUUUCCGAAAGGAAACCCCAUUUAUUUCCAGCUGAACAAUAACCUGAGCAGGGCCGGGAUCUCUCGAGAUCAUUAUAUGAAGGAAUUUCAUUUCAAGGCCCUUCACUUUUACCUAACGAGGGCACUGCAGCUCCUCAAACCCGACUGUAACCAGACCCACAUGGCCUAUAGGGGCAGCGCCAGCACUUACACACUGACUCCUCUCUUUAACUUUGGAAAAUUCACUUCCUCCUCUUUAGAUAAAAAAGUGGCGCUAAAGUUUGGCACUGGCGCUGUAUUCCGCAUAGAGACAUGCUUUGGGGCUUCCAUAGGAGACUUCUCGUUCUUCCCGGCGGAAGCAGAAGUGUUAAUUCCAACUACGGAGCAGUUCCGAUUUAUUAAACAAGUGAAAUCUCUGCAUGUGAUUGAGAGCACCGGGGUGCAGUGUAGUUACUUCAACUGUGCCUACCUGGGAGCUGACAAGCAGACAGAGCGCAAAUGCCACCUGGGUAUUGAUACCGAGGUGAAUGAAAUGAGGAGUGAGAACGGGCACUGUGAGGAGCAAGAGGAGAGAAUCGCAGCUAUGGAGGAGCUCAUGGGUACAAAUCACCUGCGAUGGAGCGACAAUGAGAAACAAAUGGACGCAAUAGAGAUUGGUGCUCACAUCAGCGCACAAGAGUUUGAGACAAGAAUUGAGAACCUGAUCAAAGUCAUGGUCUUCCUUUUUCUCCAAUCAAAUUACUCCCAGGAAAUAUCCAUUCUGGAAAAUGAAAUCAGCAGGCUGCGGGAGAUGUGCCAGGCCAGCCUCUUAAUAUGGCGCCAGCUGAAAGACUAUGAACUGCCAGAACAAGUGCAAAAACUGAGUAACUUUAAGGGAGAGGCAACAAAGACCAUGAAGACCCACGGCACCAAAAUAUCUGACCUGGAAGAGGCCUUAGAUUAUAUAGCCAACCUUUAUAUAAAAGUCAGUAAACAUCACGUGACUAUGAACCGACGUACAGAACAAAUAAAAGAAGAUGUUGAAAUGAUGAAGAAAAAAAUUGGCAUUGGACUCACCAUUAUCAUCGUUAUUAUUUUCUGUCUGUUUGUACAGCACUACAGAUACUGUAUGUCACCCAACGUUAGGGAGCAGCACCCACUAAUAUUCACUUAAUUUGGCUCAUGUCAAACAAUAUUCCUUAUUAACCUUUCACUAAUCAAUGUUUACUCUGGGCAGAAAAUGAAGCUUUAAAGGGGAACAAAAGCUUUACAUUACAGGUAAUAUUUGCUAAGUCUCCUCCUACCACCCAAACGACACUAGUGUGUCCCCCUGCCCCAUAUGCAGCAGAUUUGGGGGGCCGAACUUAUGCAGUGGGGCUGGAGGAUUUCAGGAGAUAUUACAUUUUAUAUCAGGGAAAAGCCAGAAAGAUUUAGGGAUUUGCGCAAUAGAUCUCAAGUUGUCCAUUAAACAUAUAUUUAUUGGAUUCCUUUUAGUCCAUAUAUUAAUUCCUAUUACAGUGAAACCUCAAUUUUACAUCCCUUGAUUUUAAGUUUUCCCUCAUUUUACAUUGUUGUUUUGUGG